UCUUGCAAGCAGAACCUGGUCUAUGGGACAUUGGAUGAGAACGUCGCGGCAUAUACAAGCUUCGCAACACUGUCUUGUACAGAUAAAGACACCGGUCUAGGGGGAAAAGUCUCCUAUCAAGUUAUUUUAGGCAAUAGCUCCAACAGCAGGUCAGACACCAUUGGCGUCGGGGCUACCAACGGUUCUCUGUUCAUCCUGAGGCAGAUUGACUAUGAUAAAGAGCCUAAUACCUUCCAGGCAUUUGUGUUAGACGUCGAUGACAAUGCCCCGGUGAUGAGCGAGCCGACGAUUCAAGCAGAAGUCAACGAGAACGCCAUGUUAGGAACGACUGUAGUGAGAAUUAAUGCCACAGACCCUGAUCAACCCAACACCCCAGCCUCCCAGAUCAUCUUCACAAGCAGCUGCAACCCCGACUCUCUAAUGGUAGACAGAACCUCAGGUGAUCUCAUUGUAGCUAAAGAUUUAGAUUAUGAGAAACAGCAGACUAUCAACUGCCUCAUCUACGCGUACUCUGAAAAGUCAACCACAAGCAUGGCCUCAGUAACAGUAACGAUAACUGACGUCAAUGACGGGAUGCCUGAAUUUUCUCAGUCAUUCUACUCGACAAGUGUGUACGAAAAUGCGCCGAUUAAUACAACUAUUAUCAUUAUAACAGCCAGGGACCCAGAAAAUAGCACUAUGAAAUAUUCGAUGAAUUCAGAUAUGUUCAGUAUCGAUCCUGACAGCGGUAAGGUAACGAUAAAAACACCUCCAGAUUACGAGACCCAGACUUCACACCUGGAGUCUAUAACUGCCACUGAUUCUGGGAAUCCUCCCAUGGCGGCAAGCGUCUUUCUGAGGGUGUCCAUUACUCCCGAAAAUGAAUUCAACCCACAGUUGAUUGGUGGCUGUUCAGGGAGUGUUGAGGAGAAUUCCCAACUAGGUACAUCAAUAAUACAGCUGUCUGGUAAUGACAGUGAUGCUGGAUACGACGGACUGAUUCGAUUCGAAAUUGACUCAAAAGACACGCCAUUCUUCAUUGAUGGUUCCACAGGUUUCAUUGGUACCAACUCACCGAUCGAUUACGAAACAAAAUCGUCGUACAACUUCACCGUUGUUGUCCAAGACUUGUCCGCCACAUCAGUCCGAUCAGCUGUG